CCAUGUCACGCUGCAUAAAAAGAAUUGUACCAUCAACAUAUUGCAAGGUAGAGAGACCACCAUCCACAAGGUACGACACUACUCCUAUAAUUUGUCCAUCGUGCUUAGCCAACAUGUCAGCGAUAAUGUUAAAUAACAUUGGAGGUGGAAGAGAGAAGCUGAAAUCAGGAGGCAAGAUGGGCGAUGCAAGCCGGGUGACUGGCCGCUUCGGCGGCCUUGCGCUCCCUUCUCCCGCCGUCUGCGCUUGCCCUGCCCUCGCGGCUGGCCGUCGCCGCGUGCGCUCCUCACCCAGUCCCUUGUGCCGCAACUUGCAUCGCCGCUAGGUGGGCCGACUAGGCGGCCGAAGAGGACCUCGAUUAGGCGGCGGCAGCGGCCAUCGGUCGUCCUUUGCAUGUGCGCCGCUUUGGUGACCGCCUGGCAGAGGUGGGGACUGGCGAAUUGACAACGGCGCUCAAAUCCGCCCCCUCCCGCAAGUGCUCACCCGCCCCUCCUGUACACUACCUUCCCCGUUGAUCUCUGUCUCCGGUGCGCUGGCCGGACACCGAGGUCGCGGGGCCUGAGCUCGCGCUUGGGGGGUGGUCGGCAGGGCAGACCUCGGUCGUGUGGAGGUCACCUGGUGGCAGGACGGGGUGAUGCCUCCUCGCUCGCCCGUGGCGCUGCUAGCGACGACCUCGGCGGAUCUGGGCCGGCUCCAGUCAAGGUCGACGGGAGGUGCAGAUCUUCAAGUAUGAUUUAGGGCCUUACAUCCCUCGCCGGCGGCUGCAGCGGCGUCAACGACGAGGUCCGUAUGAUGGUUCCUCGGUGCCGCCACCCUGCGACCAUACACAGGGAAACCCUUCCCUCCCACCUCCUGGAGACGGGUGUUGGGUUCGGCCGGCACGGGCCUUCUGGGCCGGUUGUGCCGGGGGAUUUCUCGUCUGCCCUGGGCCGUGACUCGGGGCCCAGUGCGCCACCCCUGAUGGUCCUUCAGCCUGCUAAGUGAGCUCUUGCUCGGCCCGACGGAUCCCAGUCGGCCAUUAGGGCACCAGCUCCCGUCGGGGGUGGCUGCUUCUGCUCACUCCUCUCCCCACCAACGCUGCAACUCCUCCCCCGUUUGCUACGCCCCUCCUCCCUGCUCUGCCCGGGCCCUCGGCCCAAGCGGCGGGUGGACGGACGUGAGGCUCGCCGGAUGGAUGAGCCAUGGCGUCCUUCCCCUAACGCUGAACGAUGGGAGGCGGAGCUCCGCUCCACCAUGCUCAAAGGCAAGAGCCCGGCUGCCGAGGCCGAACCAACCAGGCGCGACGAGCACUCCCAGGAUUGGUCGCCCUACCAUCAGCGUGGUCGCGGCCGCGAUCGGGAUUGCCGUUCCUCGCCCCGCCUUUCUCGGUCGCCGGCCCGGUCUGGUCGCACCGAGCAAUCCCCACCUUGGUGUUACAAUCCACCAUAGCGACAUGCUCAAUUUCCCGCACCGGCCCCCAACAACCGCAAUACCAGGGAAGCAUUUGCAGAAGAAGAAAGCCGGCCAGCGCCCCGGCGGUGCGGCUGGGCAAGCAUCCUCGGUCACCAACCCCCACCAGCACCCACAACCGUGGCUGCUGCUCCUCCGGGGGCUACGCCCGUGGUGUGUUUCAACUGUGGCGAGGAGGGGCAUUGCCAAGUGGAGUGCAAGCAACCCCCGACGUGCUUCAAAUGCAAGAGGAUGGACCAUCCGACAUUGCUUUGCCCAGACCAGUCGACGGAGGGGAGCUCAUGCUCUUUGGCUAUGCCCUGGAUGAUUUGGGCUUCCUCCAGAUGGACUUGUCGGAGCCGGCGGCUACACCCUCCCUGACCGCCCUCGUCUCGGUCUUGGGGGGUAAGACGGCCUCUCCGGCGAUCAUCAUGGACGAGCUUCGACACCUCUUCCGUCCGGAUUGGGAUUGGGAGGUGACUCCGAUCUCCGAUCACGAUUUCACGGCAGUGUACCCGGACCUGGUUAGCCUCCGCUACCACACUCACAGUGCGGAGCUCACCUUGGCGCUCAACAAGAAUACUGUCAAUAUCUCGGUGCCCGAGGUCGAUACCUUGGCGGUUGCGACCCUCUCGACGGUGUGGAUCCAAAUCCGCGGGCUCCCUCCGAUUGCCAAGGAGUGUGUCAUUCAUAACAUGUCGAGACUCCUUGGCAAGAUUGUCGAGGUGGAUGGUCCCUCCCUCGUCCGGGUGCCGGCGGUGCGCGCCAAGGUCAAGACCCCGGACCCUGCAAAGCUACAUACUACGAUAGGGAUGUUCUUCAACGACAUCGGCUACGACCUUCACAUCUCGGUCGAGGGGGAGAACCGUGCUGCCCCUCUUGGCUCGGAUGGUGGUAAAGACCCGGACGGAGAUAAGGGGCGUGGGGAUGGUGGUGGGGGUGGUGCCGGCCAUUGCCACUCCCCCAUCACCGAAGUCGCAGCCACUCCCCGAGCUUGGAGGAUGAUGACGAGGAGUCGCCGAGGAUAGGGGUGUCUCUCAAGCAUGCCGACACUGAGCACCUCCCCAAGCGGGACAUGACGGCGGCACCACCGGUGGAGACCACAGUUGAGGGUGAGGAUCUGCAGACCUUCACGGCGAUGUUAGAGGAGGCAUCGGCCGUCCGGCCAGGCUCUGCAUUGGCACUGCUAUUCUCCUCUCCGGUUUCUUUGACCGGGGACGAGGGGAGUAGUGAUGCCAGCAGCGCGGGGCUUGACGUUUGCCCCCCUCUUCGCCUCGCUUGGCCUCGCCGCUGCCGACCGGUUCUUCGACUCCGGACCCCGGCCCCAUGCCUGCGAUGCUGGCUAGGGAGCAGGUGGGUCCUGUGGUUCCGGAUGGCCCCUCGGCUAUCCCGGCUACAACGCGGCCCCCUAGGGCCAAGGGACGGCCCCGGUCCGCGUAAUCUCCGGCCACUACGGCGCGGAAGAGUUCGCGACUUGGCUCGGCUUCCAGGUUGGAGGGGGCGUCGCCCAAUGCAGUGGAGAAGGCGCUGCGUCGUGCCGCGGCACAAAACCUUGACACAGCUCUAGAGACCGCUUAGCAAGCAGUUCGAUCGGGAAAACAUCGUCGUCAUCAUCGCAGGACUUCGCUCCACCGCCGGAUCCAUUGCGCCCCCGCCCCCUCCACCACCACCUGAGCCGGAUUAGCUAGUAGGCUCUUUCAUUUUUAGGGGUUUGUUCUGUUGUGCCCCCAACUGAACUUAUUCUAGACUCUUGCACUCUUUGCUUUUGCUUUUGUUUGAACCUUGAACCUUGGAUCGUUGAUGUUGUCGGAUGUUGGUGAUGUUGGUGCGGUUGCUUUAUAAUAUAAAGCAGGGGAAACCCUUUUUCAUCAAAUAACAUUGGAGGCAUCGGGUCAACCCGAUGCAGUCAAUUUUUUGUAUGGAGGUAAUGGCUAACAUUAUCAUUAACUUUGAUAGCCACACUGCCUCCAGUGACAAAAUUUUGCAUCCACCGGCGCCAUUUCCUGGAGAAGCCCUUCUCACGAUCAGUUGAAGAAACAAUCAUUUGACUUUGUCAUAAGCCCUUUCAAAGUCAGUUUUGAAUACUACUCUACUCAUAUUUUUUCGAUGCAUCUCGUGUACGGUCUCAUGAAGGAUCACUACAUCGUUUAUGUUCCUUCCUUGCAUGGAAGUUGUUUGAGAUGGUCGGACGACAUAGUCAGCAACCGUGUUGAGCCUAUUAGUAGCUACUUUGGUGAAGAUCUUGAAGCCGGCUUUAAGGAGGCAUAUGGGUCUAUAUUGUUGGAUCCACUCAACCUCCUUACACAACAACCCCGCCAAAAUUUGGCCUUGAUAGGUCAAGUUGGCCGGCAUGAUGACAAUUGAACAAAUCCAUUAGGUUAGAAUUGAUGACAACCCAGAAAUUCUGAUAGAAUUCUGCGGGGAAGCCAUCUAGGCCUGGAGUUUUGUUAUGUUCCAUUUGAAACACUGCAGCUCUCACCUCCUCUUCAGAGAAAGGUACAGUGAGGAUACCAUUUUCUUCUGUCGUCACUUGUGGAAUAUCAUCUGUUUUGGUCUCAUCCAGGGUGAAAUUCUCUUCAUCCGGAGCCCCGGACAGUGACUUGUAUUAUUUGGAGAUAUGAUAGUUUAGCUCUGCCUGACCUUUGAUCCACUCCUCAUCUUGUUGGAGACAAAAUACACUUCUUCCUAUGCGGACCACUCGCGACCGUUUGAAAGUAUUGUGUAUCGUUGUCUCCCUCCAAGAUGGAAGUCUGCUUUUGAUCUUUGGUACCAUUUGAUUUCCUCUUCUCGCGUUAGACGUGCAAUCUUAGGUUGAUUUUUUAGAUCAAUCUCUUGUUGAGACAGGAUGCGAGUCUUUGCGAUUUUGUGGACAUCAUCAAUAAUGAUGGAGAGGCUUUUGUUUCCAUUUUUGUGCAUACCACUCUGUGUUUCGCCCAUCUAGAUAGGAGCUGCCUUGUGGCCCUUAUUUUAAAGUUCCACCUCUGGAUCGAUGUACAACCAACGGCGAGCCUCUCCAUACAUUCUUGAUUACAUAUACAAAUCCACCCGGGUGCAACCAUCCCAAUUCAAAUUUGAAAGUGUGGCGAACCGAUGGGCUCGUAGAGUUAGAAUCGAGAAUGAUGGGUGCAUGGUCCUAAAGUGUAUCUAUACGCUCUAGGGCCCGCACGGUUCUCAUAGGAAAUUUUAGCUCCCAUUCGGUAUUCAUUAGUACCUUAUCGAGUUUUUCGUAGUUAUUGGCCCAAAUGAAUUCCUGCCCCGACAUACUGACCUCCUGAAGAGUCAAACUAUCGAUCACAUCAUUGAAUAGGAAAAGGCCAGUGCGUGUCAAAACGGUCAUUAUUUUUCUCUUCCCGAUAUC